UUUGGAAGUAGAUUUGGAUAAUAUGAGCAAAUAUAUGAAAUACAUGCGGAUGAUACUUCAUUAUCCUAUCCCGAAUAAGAAUUGUGUCGUCGACGAGCAAUUACAAAAAGACAUAAUCACCGUCAUGGACAAAUAUUUGAAUCAUCUAAUGAAAAUACUUGGAACAGUUAGGUUCCUUUCCGCUGAAAGUCAGCUCGGAAAUAUUAUUAAUAAGUACCUAGAGUGUAUAUUGUUAAUCAACGGAAAUCAAACAUUCAAAGAUCACCAAAUCGACUUACUGUGUAUUUUUGAGGAUGUACUAAAGAAUAAAGUCCUUGGCAUGCAUAGAGACUUCGAUUAAAAUAGUUUAGUAUUCUAAAACUUUAUUUCUAAUUAAUUUAGUAUUCCAUAUGUUUUUAAGAUUUUUUCAAUUUUACAUUGCCAACAUUAUUGUUGUGUAAAUAAGGAGU